AUGGCAGAGGUACGCAAGUCCUUGGAGCAGAUCCGAUUCUUUACAGAUCACAAAGAUGUUUUGGCGCAUGAGAUAGAUGAAAACGAUCUCCUCAAGGACCAGAUGUAACGCCUAGUAUCCCUUCAAGAUUCCCAGAUUAGCGAGGUGGCUAAAAUGCUGUACCAGCAGGGUCUCACAGAGUUGAUUCACAGCAGCCCCAGUGAGCAGGUGGCCUACCUCCUGGUGGAGAGAGCCUCCUUACUGGAGACGAGCCAGGGUCCAAGCAAUCUGAUGGGUAAUGGAAACAUACCCAGCCCACUGGGGACCGAAACCCAGCCACUGAACACCAGGUUAGAUGAGUCUUUCCACAAGGGGGCAUCUCAUCACAGCCAGAGCCCAUGGAAGAGACUAUUUGGACUCCACAAAGCUGCUCAGAGCAAACAUACUUUUAUUCCUGCUGAGGCCAGACAUUUGGCAGGCAGUUUGGAGAGGGAGUGUUCCCAUCUGGAGCGGGACCUGGAGGAAGGGUCCCGCCGUCUGGCCAUGGCCCACAAUGAGAUCCGACACUUGACUGAUGAGCUGGAGUCUUCUCAUUUGACCCAAAGAGCUUAUGAGCCUGAGCUGCAGGCAGCCCAGCAGGAGAAAGAGCAACUCAGACAGGAAGUACAGAAACUGAAGAAAUAUGGCUCUGCCAUCUACUGGACUCUAUGGGUACUACCCUCUAUGCAAGCAUUCACCUACGUGGUAUCUCUGCAGAGCGAGGAGGAGCAGCAGCAGCAGCAGGGGAAAGUCAACCAGAGUGAUGAGUUAGCUAAAGAAACUAAAUUAAAUCAGAGCAAAGAGUUCUGCAGAGAUUUACAAGAUAAGCUCAGCACCCAGUCAAAAUGCCUUUUGGAGGAGUCAGAAAUACUUUCCCUCAAACAGCAGCUGGAAACAUCUAAAAAUGAACUGGAUAACCUUACUGCUACCGUCUGCACCAAAGAAAACCAUCUUCAGGAGCAAAAACUGGGUAAGCCAAAAGAGGCAGAUUCCCAGCACUCUGAAAACACUGACUGCCAGGUGAAAGAUGAUAAAGAACUACAGACACAACAACAGCUGCAGAAUAAGGAAAACACACUGCUUAAGGUAAUUUAUUCUAUAUUUGAAUUACCGGAAAAUGUUAAAAAACAUGAAAUUAAGGAAAAGCACAAGGUGAGACUGUGUCAGGCCAAACAGACAUGUGGUCAUGAAACCAUGUGGCGUGACGAGAAGAUAAAAAGUCUGGAGCGAGAGCUGUCCUUGUGUUCCCAUUCAGUAGCAAAGGAAAAGGAGCUCAUCACACGUAUUACUGUGGAGAAUGAGAAAUUGCUGGUGGAGAGGAGAAGGCUUUUAAAACAGCUAAACGAGGAGGAGCACAAAAAGAAAGACAGUUAUCUAACAGCUUCUUUGUCCAAAUGCAGAUAUGGAAAACAAGAAACUAGGAAACAGGAUACUCCACAUGACCAAUUAGUGGGCCUAUACUACGAAGCUGGUUCAACCUAACCUGGA